CGCCGUGUGCAGCGCUGCGACGUCGGCCGACGAGAUCGACACGGUGCGGGCGUCGAGCGGCGAAGUCGCUCCAUUUCCGCCUCACCAUCCACCUCGCCCCCCUCUCCCACUCCACCGGACCCCGACCCAACCCGGCGCCUAGCUCCGCCGAUCCGCCGACGCAAGGGAUAGAGUGCUCUGAUCUUCAGGGUCAACUGACGGAGCCGGUUCUUCAGUCUCCUCUAAGUUGUUGACAGCCCAGCUAAAGGAACAGAAGCUUCAGACUAGUAUUCCUGAGAAUAACAGCAGGAAAUCCGUUGAACAACACUGGCUCAGCAUUUGAGAAUGAUGGAGUCAAUGGCAAGUAUUGCUCCAAGUGCCGGCUCAACUACAGCAAUAGGACUUGAAGAUGAUGCCAACAACUUUUCCAUGGUCCAAAGGGGAUUGGACAUACAUGAUGAAGAUUGUUUCAACACACCAAAAAGAACCAGUAGCCUCCCCACAUGUGGGUCAACUUAUGAGCCCGAGUGUGAUGAUAGCCUACAACCCUCAAUUGGCAUGCGAUUUGAUAGCUGGGAGGCAGGUUUGGCAUUCUAUAGAAUGUAUGCCCAUGAGGUUGGCUUCUCCGUACGCAUAUGGACGCAACACAAAGGAGAGGGUGGUGUAAUAAUUGGAAGAAGUUUGUUUGUGCAAGAGAAGGUUGGAGGAAGGAAAAGUCAGUGGAAAUUGCCCAAGAUACUCAGGAAAUGCAGAGAAAAAAGGUUAAAAGAAAUAUCAAGAUAACCAGAUGCGGUUGUGAGGCUAUGGUUGGAUUGAAGAGGCAAGUUGAUGGCAAGUAUGAGGUCGUCCAGUUUGUUCAAUCACACACGCACCAACUUAUCUCGCCAAGUAAGAGACAUCUCAUCCGGUCAAAUAGAGAGGUAACUAGUGAUUUGAGAAACAAACUAUUUACAUGCAGUAAGGCAUUGCUUGGCACAUCAAAAACUUAUCGCUUGCUUACUAUUGAGAAAGGUGGGCCAGGGAACAUAGGUCGCACGAAACGUGACUUACAAAACUAUGACCGUGAUUUUAAGGCAGCAAUUAAGGGAGCGGAUGGACAACUUAUAGUAGAUAUAAUGGAAAAUAAAAAGAAGGCCAAUCCAGCAUUCUAUUUUGAUUACCAGGUAGACGAGAACAAUAAACUGAAAAAUAUUUUCUGGGCAGAUAGUAUAUGUAGAAAGAACUACUCAUUGUUUGGUGAUGUUGUGUCAUUCGACUCUACAUAUAGAUUCAACAAGUAUGACCUGGUAUUUACCCCUUUUACUGGAGUUAACCAUCAUAAAUCUUGUGUUACAUUUGGUGCUGCUUUUUUGUCAAAUGAGAAGAUUGCAUCAUACAAAUGGUUAUUCCAGACUUUCUUGAAAGCAAUGUGUGGGGUUGCACCAAAGCUAAUCAUAACUGAUGAGGACCAAAGCAUGAGAAGAGGAAUAGAAGCUAUAUUUCCAAACACAAAACAUCGACUUUGUAUGUGGCAUAUUCUCAUGAAGCUCCCUGAAAAGGUUGGUCCCAUCUUGAAAAACAAUGAAGAUUUUAAACCACGAUUUAUGGCAUGUGUGUGGGGAUCAGAGACUCCAGAUGAGUUCGAAGCACGGUGGUCAUCAAUAAUUUCUGAUUUUGGCCUUGAGGAUAAUGAAUGGUUGAAAGAGAAGUAUGACUUACGACAAUCAUGGAUUCCAGCAUUCUUUAUGGAGUUGUCUCUUGGUGCAAUAUUACGCACAACAUCCAGAUCUGAGAGUGAGAAUGCAUUUUUUAGACACUUCACUAAUCGAAGGCUUUCCCUGAUUGAAUUUUGGGUCAGAUUUGAAACGGCUUUGGAAGAGCAGCGGCAAAAAGAGCUGCAAGAGGACAAUUCUAGCAUGCAUACCUUGCCAGUACUUGAAACUUGUUGGGGGAAUUGAGAUUCAUGGCAGAGAUGUGUACACUCACAACAUUUUUGUUGCUUUCCAACGUGAGGUGGUGGCUGCUAGGGAUCGUCGUCAUGUAAAAACUAUUGAGCAGGUUGGCGAUGUCUGAACCACGAGCAUUGCUGACCUUAGCGGCAGGAUAAGAGUAGUCUGCUACAACACUAGUACGAAGGCUGCACAAUGUACUUGCCGAAUGUUUGAAUCAUUGGGCAUCCUGUGCUCUCACAUCAUUGUUGUUCUAAAGAAUGAUGGAUGUAAUGAAAUUCCUAGCCAAUAUGUGUUGCAUAGGUGGUCUAAAAUGGCUGCACGACAUCUUUCUUAUGAUGCUAAUGGACAUGAGCUAGAAGGGUCAUCUA